AUAACUGGGUAGUUUCAUACAACAUUGCUAAUUUCUGUGCAACUAGAAAGAAAGCAAUGGAAAUGGUUGAAUUCAUUUAAAACAUUGAUUGAUGUUAUAAAUUGUUAGCUGGUGUGUUAUAUAUAUAUAUCCAAAAUUGAUGUUCAGAUUUUAGAUUUUUAUUACUGAAAAUUGUUAAUCCAUCUGAAACACAUUCUUGAGAGAGAUCGAGCAUGAAUUCCCAUUGCAUUUAUAUGAUUCUCAGUAUGGUGUUCCCCCUCCAAUAUUCCAUCACUGCCCAAGCCUCUUCAUGCAAUGGGGGGCUCUCAGAUCUCAUACAAACAGAAAGAGGAAUUGACUCCAUUGUUGCAGAUGUAAUGCUUCAGAUGCAUGCCAGUACUUCUCUACAAAGUUCUAAUGGUACUGGAGUGACUAUAAACCUGAGAUCAUGGAAGCCUCAUCACUUCAGGCAUCAUCACCACCUCAAAAAUGUUCAUGGCGUUUUAAUCAUUAUAGGUUGGGGAACAAUGCUCCCCAUUGGGGUAAUGAUUGCAAGGUACUUUAAGAACUUUCCCAUGAGAUGGAAGGAAUGGUACUCGUUUCACAUAAUGUUUCAGGGAAUUGGAUAUACUCUGGGCACAAUCGGAUGGGGGAUUGGGAUAUGCCUUGAAAAUACUUUCAGGCUACACAUCUCUAAAGCACAAAGAGUUCUGAGUAUCAUUGUAUUUAUCUGCACAACCAUACAAAUGCUUGCCAUUUUCUGGCAACCAAAGAAAGAAGCUGAACAUCGCAGGUGCUGGGAGAUAUACCACCAUUUUCUUGGGUAUGCAGUGAUUGUACUAAUUAUAACAAACAUAUUUCUGGGGGUCAAUGAUGAAGGUCAAGCUGAAAAAUGGAGAUGGGCUUACGGGGUAAUACUUGGAGUUUUAGGUUUAAUUGCUCUAGCUUUGGAAACUUAUAGAUGGAUCAAGUCCAAUCAACUUCGGCAGUUAAUAGAAUUGAACAGCAAUAUGUACACCUUUCCCUGAGUUCUAGGCUCUCUGAACAGCAAUAUGAGAUCUUGACUCACAAUAUUGAAAUUCAUAGUGAGCUUUGAAUUUAAAUAGAUCAAACUUGAACAAACACUAUUUUCAUAGAUUCAUCUCAUAAACAUAUUGUUUGUCAGA